UCCCUUGGAUCCACUCGCUACUCAUCUCCGAGCACCGUCCCUUGGUUCCACCCCCUACUCACCUCCGAGCACCAUCCCUUGCAUCGUUCCCUUGGUUCCACCUCCUACCCACCUCCGAGCAUCGUUCCCUUGGUUCAACCUCCCACCCACCUCCGAGCAUCGUUCCCUUGGUUCCACCUCCUACCCACCUCCAAGCACUGUCCGUUGGUUCCACCCCCUACCCACCUCCGAGCACCGUCCCUUGGUUCCACCCCCUACCCACCUCUGAUCACAGUCCCUUGGUUCCACCCGCUACUUACCUCUGAGCACCGUCCCUUAGUUCCGCCCCUACCCACCUCCGAGCACCGUCCCUUGGUUCCACCUCCGAGCAUCAUCCCUUGGUUCCACCUCCUACCCACCUCCAAGAAUCAUCCCUUGGUUCCACCCCUU